AGACAGCAGCGGGAUUGACCGACUGGAGGAGGAGGUGGAGUCUGUCCCAGCCUGCAUCUGGCCCGCUCCCCUCUCUGUCACCCCGGGCCAAACCCGCCCAGCUCCUCUCUCACUCAAUCUGUUCUCCCGCACGGCUCGGCUCGGACACACGCAGCUCUCACUCACAACACACAGCGAGGACCCGGAAUGGAGACGGAAGGGAGCCAGACCAGCCUGUCCACCACGGACUCCCCUCACGACCCCUGCAAAAUGUUCAUAGGUGGACUCAGCUGGCAAACAACACAAGAGGGUUUGAAGGAGUACUUCUGCAAGUACGGCGAGGUGAAGGAGUGUAUGGUGAUGCGAGAUCCGGUUACUAAGCGCUCGAGAGGUUUUGGAUUCGUCACCUUUGUUGAUCAGCCUGGCGUGGAUAAAGUUUUGGCCCAAACCAGGCACGAGUUGGACUCAAAAACAAUCGACCCUAAGGUGGCGUUCCCUCGCAGAGCUCAGCCCAAGUUAGUGACUCGAACCAAGAAGAUCUUUGUGGGAGGCCUGUCAGUGAACACAACCAUCGAGGACGUGAAACAGUACUUUGACCAGUUUGGGAAGGUCGACGAUGCCAUGCUCAUGUUCGACAAGACCACCAACAGACACAGAGGGUUUGGCUUUGUGACGUUCGAGAACGAGGAUGUUGUGGAAAAAGUCUGCGAAAUCCACUUCCACGAGAUCAACAACAAAAUGGUGGAGUGUAAGAAAGCUCAGCCCAAAGAGGUGAUGUCCCCCACGGGCUCAGCCAGGGGGCGCUCUCGUGUGAUGCCCUAUGGAAUGGACGCCUUCAUGCUGGGCAUUGGUAUGCUAGGUUAUCCAGGCUUCCAGACAGCCACCUACACCAGUCGGAGCUAUGCUGGCAUCACUCCUGGAUAUACCUACCAGUUCCCUGAGUUCCACUUAGAGAGGACUCCCCUUCUGACUUCACCCCACCCCCCUGAGCUCACAGCCAUUCCUCUGACUGCAUAUGGACCCAUGGCAGCAGCAGCGGCAGCAGCAGCAGUAGUUAGAGGCUCCAACCAGUCUCGCUCAGGAUUUUUAGGUACGAGCAGCCCGGGGCCGAUGGCGGACCUUUAUGGGACAGCCAGUCAGGAGUCGGCUGUCAGCAGUUACCUCAGUGCUGCAAGCCCCUCCCCAAGCUCUGGAUUCAGCCACAGUUUGGGGGGCCCUUUGAUCGCCACGGCCUUCACCAACGGCUAUCACUGAGACUUGCAGAGAUGUAGACUGAGAGCUGAGAGUUGAAGCUGCUUUGGAGCUGAUCUGGCCUGUCUCUGUCCAGUCCACCUCUCUGGCUGGGGCAGCUGAACCCUCACCCCUCAGCCCUCACCCCCCCCACCCUGGUCUCAGCCUGAACCCAGCCCACCCUACUGACGCCUCACUUAACUCCCCCUCCUGAGAAAAAAAAAAAAGAAGAGAAAGUUCAUGAAAGGAGAAAAAAAGUUUAUGACUACAUGUAAUCACAACACAUAAGAUGCUGUAUUUUUUUGUGUUGUUUUUUUUUCUCCGUCGUUAUGUUUCACCAUGCUGUUUCUUUUCGUGUGUGAUGGCUGCGCUGUUUCUUUAUCUGUUUUGGCUGUGUUUUAUUGGUUUAUUUGACCUCUGAACCUGAUCUCUCUGAGAUAAGAGGAGACAAAUCUCCAGGUGAAGCCUGUUUGAUGGUCAGGAGCUGUAAUUUGUACUGAAAAACUGUAUAUUUGUGACUAGUUCAUACUGAAUUUUAACAAAACAUUUGUGAUUAAUACUCUUUCUUGAAAAUGUGUCACGAAGUGUAUAUCUUGGUAGGUUUUUAACAAAACAUUGUUACACUAAUAAUGGUCAGAAGACAAAGGUCAUUAGUCACAGUUACGUAAUAGGCCUACAUGAGCUGUAAAAUUUUGUAAAAUAUUGUAAAUAUGACUCUGGUUUCUUGGAGGGGGUCAGCUGAUGUUUGUGUGUGGGAGGUGGGAGGCGAAUAAGAUUGCUUCUUUCAUCAAUUGGUAUGUGUCGGAAAGCUUGAUUGUUACGUAUCAUAGUUUCACAUGGAGGAUGUCAAGAACAUUUCAGUAUGUUUGUCAGUGAAUAGUAGACCAGCCACAUACUGUAUUCCUCACCAGGCAUUUUCUACAGAAUGUGUCGCUUGAUUCUGUUACGGCAUUUAAAAACUGCCUCAGAGUUGAAACACUUUGAGUUCAGGGGAAGAGAGGCUGAGUCUGGAACAACACUUUACUUUUGGGGAUAUAUGGGUGUGAGUUAAAAAAAA